AACUUUUUCGAAGCUCCACUGCUGGAUGCCUCAUUUCCAGCUGAGAUGUUUAUUCAUUUGCUAAAUUAAACAUGCAUGCUUGCAGAAAAAUCUGAAUACCACCACACUGAGAGAAAGAACUGACUCUGCAGAGGAUUUAUGUUUGCCUAGGGAGACACCUAGUGGUGGGAGACAUGUAGCGUUUUUUGGCUUGCAGACAGUCAUGGUAGACUAUUUUUCACAGCCCUUAACAGAGCUAAGCAGAAGAUAAUUUAGAGCCCCAUCUCCAGUUAAGGCCAUCGUCAACCUCAGCACCACUGAACCCCUUUUUAUAAUGGCCAUUCUUUAUCAUUUUUCUCAUUUUCAAUUAUGUUUAAUUUCUGUAGUAACUCUUUAAAGUUGAGAUAAAAUACGGUGCUUAACCCAGGAUGGAAAUAAUCAGAAAGAUAUCCUUUCAUUCCCUUUUUGUAAAUUUUAAAUCAAGGCUAUUUUUUGAGUUUGGAAAUAUUUUUACUCAGCUUUGACACAGUUUAACGUCUUAAGAUAACAAGGAUAGCGCAUAAAGGUGAAAUACUGAAACAUUUGAUGAUUUCUUAAACUCUUUCCAGAAUAUGAAGUCAUUUUAGGUGUGUCUCUACUAGAGGCUGAAACCUUUCUCCAUUUUUCUUUUCAAAAUAGCUAAAGUUCGGUCAGAUUGGAUGCUUAGCAUGUGUGGAAAUCGAUCUUCACAGAUUCUCAAUUAGGUUUAGGUCUUUACUUUGACUAGGCCAUUCUCACACAGAAAUAUGCUGUGAUCAUAACUUUCUUUGGCUGUGUGUUUAGGGUCAUUGUCCUGUUGGAUGAUGAACCUCCUCCUCAGUCUCAAAGUCUUCUGCGGCCUCAAACUUGUUUUCCUCCAGGUUUAUCCUGUAUUUAGAUCCAUCCAUCUGCCCAACCCAAGAAAAGCAUCCUCAGAGCAUGAUGCUGCCGCUGCUGUUUUUCACUGUAGGGAUGAUGUAUUAAGUGUUAAUUUUCCACCACAUAGCAUUUUGCAUGUAGGACCUAUCUGCUGUGUUCAUUGGUUUUAAUGAUGUUCACAAAUGUUCUCAAACAAACCUUUGAGGGCUUCAUUGAAUAGAGGUGACUCCUUAGGUCAACUGUGCUGGAUUUUAUUUGGGGGUAUCAGAGUAAUAGGUUCUGAAUACAAACGCUAACCACACUUUUACACUUCAUGUUGGUUUAUCACAUAGAGAUGUGGGUGCAAUGUGCUACUAUGUGUAAAGAUUGAACUGUUAUGAAUAUUUUUGCAAGGCCCUGCAUUAACAUUUGUUCCAACGAGGCUCGCUUGUCAGAUUAAAAGUACAGUUUAAAAAUAUCACUAAAAAAGUUUUUUCAUUAAUCUGAUGUAAGAGUUUAAUCUUAAAUGUUGUGUUUUCCUUAAAGGUAAGUGGAAAAUCAUCAUAAUUACCAGAAAUAAGGGCUUGAAAACAUUAGUCUGUGUUCAAUUAAUCUAUAUAAAGUGUUUCACUUAGUGAACUGAGUUACUGAAAUAAAUAAACCUUUCAAUAAUUUUAGGAUUUAUUGACAUACACCUGAAUAGCCACUUACAUUGUGGAUCAAAUGUAAAACUUCAGCUCUCUUUAUACAAACGUUAAAGAAGGUUGAGGGUUUUAAGCUGCUUUUACCUGCAUAUUUCAAUAUUACGUCAUAUUUUAUUAUUGCCAAGAGCUUGAACCUCUUUUGACUAUUUAUAAGGUGGAAUAUCUAUAUCUAUACUUUCCCUAAGAUAUGAGAUGAAAAUUAGUCGUAAUUUGCUUCUUUCAGCAGCUGGAUGCUGCAUCCUGGGUCAAGGUGUUUAUCCAACCUGGAGAAAUCACCCCUCAGUCCCUCCAACAGUAAACAGGCCUCACAAAAGGCCCAUUCAGCAGUAACUGAAAGCCUGACCAACACUGCCACGUCUAUGCGUUGGUGUGUACAGCCCUGGGAUUAAUGCUUUUCACCUUAUUGAAAACUGACCUCAGGCAGGGAGUAACUGGAGCUACAUGACUGCAGCAGGUUUAAUUCUGCAACCUACUUAUCUUAACUCUCACACCUGAAUGAUAUGCCAAAGGUGUUUGGUUGCUGAAAGGGUGUGUCAGCACAGUGCAAAGGACACAGCACGACUUCCCCAUAAGCAUAUUGAUUUAUGUUCUGAGGACAGAUUUUGGGUGUCCUGCAGAGUGAGGGGGAGUCCAUGGGAGUUCGGGCUGGUUGGACACCAACGGGCCCCUCUAACAGAGCAUCCCCGCGGAUAGAUGUAAGACGAUUAUGUUGGGAACGUGUCCUAAAAAGGUCCUGCCUGUCCGUGUGCGUGGCCGCCGUGGGCUUCCUGCUCCUCCUAGCAAUCUGCGCACUACACCUGCCGGAUCAGGCCGCCCCUGAGCUGCCUCUGUCUGAGGUGACCCUCCUGAUCUGGACGCAUCCUUUCGGAGAGUAUCGCGCACUUCCGGACUGUCUGGAGCUGUACCAGGUCCCUGGGUGCACGCUCACAGACGAUCCACAGGCGUACCCCGAGGUUGAAGCUGUGAUCAUCCACCACCGAGAGAUCGCCAACGGGGAGGCGUAUCUCCCACCGGAACCGCGGCCCAGCACGCAGAAAUGGAUAUGGAUGAAUUAUGAGUCCCCCUCGCACACGUCCGGACUGUGGUUCCUGGAGGAUGUGUUCAAACUCACAAUGAGCUACCGGACCGACUCGGAUAUUUUCCUGCCUUAUGGAUAUCUGGUGCCCCGGGCGCGCACAGCAACCAGAGGUCCUGGAAACGGUUUUACGCACCAGCUCUCCUGCUCCAGACACCCUCGUAAAGGCCUUGUGGCGUGGGUCAUCAGCAACUGGUCGGCGACCAACGCCCGGGUGGGCUUCUACCAGCAGCUCCGCAAGUUCAUCCGGGUGGAUGUGUUUGGACGCGCCGGGCGGCCGCUGGAGAGGAGCAGCGGCAGCGUGGUGCGGCUACUGCGGCGCUACAUGUUCUACCUGGCGCUGGAGAACUCGCAGCACACCGACUACAUCACGGAGAAGCUGUGGAACGCGGUUCUGGCUGGGGCGGUGCCGGUGGUCCUGGGGCCGUCCAGGCAGAACUACGAGCGCUUCUUGCCCGCGGAGGCGUUCAUACAUGUAGAGGACUUCCCCACAGUGAAGGAGCUGGCCCGGCACCUGCUGAAGCUGCAGGGCGACCCGGCUCGGAUGAGGCGGCACCUGGACUGGAGGGAGAACUACAACCUGCGCCAGCCGAGGUUCUGGGGGGAGCACUACUGCACGGCCUGCAGGGCGGUGAGGAGCACCAGAGGACGGACUCAGACAGUGGCACGCCUGAGGAGGUGGUUUCACUCAUAGAACCUCCAGGGAAAGAUUGUAGCGGAGGGUAGAGAUGCCUUAGAAAAAUAGACAAUUACUGCUUUAAGGAUUUUAAAACUUUCAAAUUUUAAAUGAUACAAACGUCUUGAAUUGUCCUUGAUUUGUUUGUUGUGAUUUGCAGUGUUUCUGAGUGUUUCUGACUCCUGCUUUUUCACCUAUUUUCAUAUCAGUACAUUUUAGGGUAUACUUAGGCAUAUUUGACUGAUAAUUAAGCCUCUACUCUGCCUUAUAAAUUAUUCUGGCAUAAAAACCUCCUAAAGUCAAGGAAUGAACUGACAGAACUGGCUUACAUUCAUUUCAACAACAUCCGCGGUUCUAUUUAAAGGAAAGCUACAGCAGAUCAUGAUCCUACCACCACCAUGUUGAUGUGCAGUGCAGUUUCUUUUUGCCAAACACACAUUGUGGAAUAGAUUUUGUAUUUGGUUUAAUCAUAACACAAUCUUCCACAAGGAUUUAUAAGAUUUUAGCCAAGGCAGGAUGUUUUUUUGGAAGAAAAGGGUCCUGUCUGCAACCCUCCUAAUUCAGCUUUUAGAUUUAAAAAAAAUCCCGUCGUUAGAGUUGAUCAGUAUUUCCCAAAAUAACAAUGGAAGGGACAUUUACCAUGUCAAUUAAACAGGCGUAUAAUGACAACAAAAGCCAACUGUGAGCGUUUAUUUUAAAAAUCUUUUGUAACAUAUGUUGUAUAAUUAGCCUAUCACAAAUCAUCAUUUUGGUUUGUUGCUAUGAAUUCUGGAAAGAUGUCAAGACCCUACCAGUGCAGAGGAGGAUCAACUGAAGAAUAUUGUGUUCCUCUUGGUCCUGUGACAGAUCUUUGACAGUUAAUGUCCUACUUUGCAGUGACCUGACUUUCUGAUGCAGUUCAGCUGCUGUAAAUUCUUUAAAUCCUUACACCUCUUUGGUUCUUCAGCUGUCCAGUUUCCUCAUUUCUUAAGUAUGUACUGCAUUCUGAAAAUAUACCCCAAUGUCCAAAUAAAUACAUUGAAAGAC